UUUGUUUUGGUUCUCGACGUGAACGGACGUGUGUGCUCGUGUAAUGCGGCGCCAGUUGGCACAGGUAGCGUAGUUUACCUUUGCCGCUCUACAAAAGUCAAAUAACAAUAAUAACAACGACGACGAUAAUCGCAAAAAGCAACGACAACUGCAACAAUAGGCGCAUUCUUAAUUGUGUUUACCUUUGAUUGUCAUUCGCCAGCGAUUCACACACACAAGCACACACAGGCACAGAGAGAUAAACAUACAUUUUAUAACUGCGAUUUGACUGCGUGCGUGUGUCGUCGGGUCCCCCCAACCCUCUGAGCACCUUGCUCCCAGCCCCCCCUGUACGCUCAUCCUUUUUGUUUGUUUGUUUUUGGUUCUCGUUCUCUCGGGUUUUCCUUCAAUUGAAUGUGCAGCGAAAGGAAAGGCAUGAAGAAAAGCCAAGCGCAAAGCAAAGAAAAGCAAAUGUAAAGCAAAGAACAAAUCAGAUCUGAGCAACGGUAUUCAAAUUUAUAUAAGCACUAACAUAAUUAACUAUUCUCGCAUACAAACAUACAGAGACAGAUAAACAGACAUUCAAGGCAACUGCUUCAAAAAAGCAGUUAAUAAUAAAUACAACAAUUUUACACAUUCACAUUCCAUUUUGAUUCUGUUGUGUGUGAAAAACUUAUAAGAAAAGCAACAAAAACAACGCGAAACCAACGGCAAAUAACAAAAGUAUCAAACACAACAACAGUAAGCCGCAGCAGCAGCAACAACAACAACAGCAAGCAGCAUAGCAAAGCAGCGAAGUCAACGUCAAAGAAGAAGAGGAAAAAGCAAGAUUAAUACAUAGCAAUUUCGACUAAAUAAAGUUUACCAAACGUCGUCGGUACAAUCGCAACGUUUCUUUUCUGUGUUCCGUGCGUUCGCUCUCCAUUCCGUUCGUUCCGCCCGCCGCUCUCUCGCGCGAGAGAGUGCCACUUGUUGCCGGUCGUCUUCAUCCCAUCAAUCCAUCGAUAGCGGACUUGGUUACUGAUUGAUCUGGUCCACCCACUGGCGGAGAUUCGCGGUACGACGACGCUUAGUGGAAGCAGAAGGACCCAGAACCAUUGGAAGGCAUGCAGUUGAUGGCCAGCGGUUACUCCUGUUACUCCUGCAGCAGCUCCAUCUCCUUCGAUUCCAGUUCCAGUUCCCUCCGUUCCAAACUCCCGCGAUGGAGUGCGAACAGCCGGAGGUUGUGGGCGGAAGUGCGCCCCUAUGUCGCAUCUGCAUCACCACCCACCAGCAGCAGAACAACACCACAACAGCAGCCACAGCCAACCUGCCAAUGAUACCCAUCUUCGGCGAGGAUGCGCUUUGGCAGAAGAUUACCACGCUGGCCAACGUCAAGAUUAGCAAAAACGACACCCUACCGCAACAGGUGUGCGUCGGAUGUGCUAAGACGGCCAUAUCGGCCUGCGUGUUUAAGAAGAAGUGCGAGGAGGCGGACAGUUUUUAUCGCCAGCAACUAAGGCUCCAGAAGAUCGAGGGCGCGGAUCCGCUGGAGGCGAGUGCUGCUGCCGACCAGGCCAAGAGCAGCGGUUGCAGCAGUGGCAGCGGGAGCAGCAGCGGAAGCGGCAGCAGUUCCACCAGCAGCAGUUCCUCCUCCGAUGACGAGGAUGAGGACAAUGAACAGGAGCAGGAUAACGACAAUGAUGUCGUUGCUGGCGAGGAACAAAAGAGCCUUCAAAAUGGUCAUGGACAUACCAUUAAUGGCCAUCGUGGAAAUGAGGCUGAUGAGAUCCACGAUGAGAUUGAUGACCAUCACGAACCAGGCCUCAAUGCCGGUGGAGGAGGGGAUCUACUCCGAAACGGCAUGGAGUUGAGGGAAGCGAACCACGAGGAUGACAAUGAUGUGGAGGAGAUCAAUCAUUUAAAUCCGCACCAUAGCGACGAUGGCGAGAUCACCGGCCAUGCCGGUCAUCCCAAGGAACCCUUCGACUUCAAUUCCAUUCGCCUGAUGCAGGAGUAUAUGCAACAUCAGAUGAACAAGUUUCCCAAUGGCUCCGCCACCGGUCCGCCGGGUCAGGACUUGGAGCUCGAUCUCGACCAGCAGCACCACGACGGCGACGAUGAUGAGGAUGAGGAAAUGUCGCUCCCACUUAUACCCGAAAUUGAAUUGAUCACUCCGGGUGAUGAAGCUUUAGCGGAUACGUCGAUUCCAAAUGAUUUGGUCAAUGGAGCCGGCGUUGGCGUGGUUCAGGCAUUGCAGGAUCCAGGUUUCCAAUGCCCCCAUUGCUAUCAGAUCUUCGAGAUGAAGCAGAUCCUCAAGGCGCACAUGCAGAGCGUCCAUGGAGCACCGGGUCCGGUGUACGAGUGCAGCAACUGCCGCAAGACCUACUUCUACAAGCGUUUUCUGGAGAAGCACAUACGACGCGGUCGGUGUGUCAAGAAGCGUCGCAAUCAAACUCGACCGAUGCAGUGCUCAGAUUGUCAUGUCCUCUUCCCCACAGGCCAUCAUCUGGGUUGGCAUAAGCGCACCGGCUGUCCUUCGAAGGCGGCCAAAAUGCCACUGCAACAGCUUUUCAAGCAAAACAUUGUGCAGUUCAAUAAUUUCCCCAAGCGGGUUGCCGCCGGAGGAGCACGCAAGCCUACGGCUCCCGAUCUGCACAUAAAUAAUCGCAAACUUGGGCUGGCCAACAAGAGAAAGGGGCGCACUCGCAUCAAGUUGGAUGCAAAGAAGAUUGCCCUGGCCAAGCAGUUGAUAUUGCGUGAGGCUACCACGACGGUGAUCGCCAACGAGCUGAACAUCUCGCGCACCUUCGCCUGGCGCUUGCGCAAAAGUCUGGUAAAUGGAGUCAGUUUGCAUGAGCGCGUUGUGGAUCCAUCGCAGGAGGAGCAGCACCUGCAACAGCUGCAGCAACAGCAGCAUCAUCAGCAAAUACAGCUGCAGCAUCACCAGCAGGAGGAACAGCAGCAGGCAGCAGCUGCUGCUGCGGCACAAGCGGAACGUGAACGCGAACACCAUCAUUUGAGUCUUCCCUAUAGCCACCUCGGCUUGGGUCUUAUCAAAGAGGAACGACAGGACAGCGAGGAUGAGGAGCAUCAGCAUCAGCAGCAGCAACAGCAUCAUCAUCCUUCGCAUCAUCAACUGGGCCUGGUUGAUGAGUGCGGAGCAGACGAGAUCGGAGCUGAGGAAACGGCUGGUUAUAUGGGCGAUGAGGAUGCCGUUUGUGGAUUGCUUCAAAAUGGCUACGAUCCGGAUCCCGAUUCCGAUCACAUUGAUCACGAUCCCUUCGAGGGCACCGAAAACAACGAGCACCAUUCGAAUGGUGGACGGCCCGGAUCCGUUUCGCCCGCGCCGCCAUUACAGCCGCCAACGCUGGGUAAUUCUGGGAUGCCAGUGCCUGUGCAGGUACAUGCUGCCGCGCGGCCCGAUGUCGAGGCCUAUAAACGUCUGCUAGCCGAGUCACAGCACUUCCCCCACAUCGUCAACGCCCAGCAGCUGCAGAUGCAGCAGCAACAACGCGAGCGGGAAAGGGAGCAGCGAGAUCGCGGACGAGAGCAACUGCAGCAGCAGAAGGCCCACAAUGGUGGAAUGCCGAUGCUAACACGUUAUCCGCCCUCCGUCAUGCACGCCCUGCCCGUCAACCUGUCCCUGCGUUCCAUGCCCCACAUGAACAGCAACGAGAGCAGCAAUGGCAGCUCCAGCAGCAACACUGCAGCUCCAGUGCCGGUUCCAGGCUCAUCUGCAGCCUCGGCGACUGUAACGCCAACCGGCAAGAAGCCACGCAAGCCGAACGUGUUCAUCGAUGACGAAAAGUAUGCCAUGGCCAAGUUGCUGGUGGCCCAGAACUCCUCCACCAUGGAGAUAGCCAGGGCACUCAAUGUAUCCCAAAUGACGGCCUGGAAAGUGCGCGAUGCCAUUCUAAAGGGAGUGCCGCUCUCCUACCGCAACAAGCGUUCCGAUGGCAGGCAUUCGGAUGAGUUCAGCGUCAAGGAGCAGCAGCAACAGCUGCAGCAGCAACAGGAGCAACAGCAACGGCAGCAGGAGAUGCAACGACAGCAGCAACAACAGAUGGAGCAAAUGGAGCGGCUUAAGCAGCAACGCCAGCAACAGGAGCUGCUACUUCAACAGCAGAAACAGCAACAACAACAGCAGCAGCAGCAGAUGCGCCACCACACACCAGCGGACACAUCACACUAUCAGCAACAGCAGCAGCAGCAGCAGACGACACCAAAGCUGCUGCAUCCUCGCCGCCGCCUGAAGGCCGCGGAACGUGAGCUGCGCGACAAGGAGAUCACACGCGAAAUACUCGAGCUGAUCAAGGAGGAUAGCAACAUUCAGUACUGGAAGGUGUCGGCCCGCCUGGCUGAGAAGGGCAUCAAUAUAUCGCCCUCGUCCGUCUGCCAGAAGCUCAAGUCGAUGGGCAUCCACAGGCGCUGGAAGCCAGGUGACAAGCCACCGAUGCUGGCCAUCAGUCAGCUGAAAGCGGCCACAGUGGCGGCCGCCGCAGCGGCAGCUGGCUUGGCCGGCGUCGGCGGUGUUGUUGGUGGCAGUGCUGGACUGGGUGGCAGUAGUUUUGGCCUGGCCGACGAUGGCUUCGAGCAGCAGCAGUUCGACAUGGGCGGGCCGCACUUUCUCAGUGCCUUUACGCGCUAGACGAUCGACCAGAAGUCCUCCCCAUCAUAUACAUACAUCUAGAUGUUAAAUAUUACACUUAUUGGAGUGUAUCAGAAUUGUAGGUCAGCAAGUAGGUUGAAGGGCAAUUUAUUUGAGGACAUUUUGUGUUGGAAAUUGUAGAUCUAGAACUUCAUUUCACAUUUUCAAAGAAAUUAUGCAAGCCGACUAUCUUAUGUUGAUAGGAUCAUAUUCUAGUAGGUACUGUUUGAAAUAAGUAGAGAAAUUGAGCAUUUAAGACUUACGAUUUCCAAGACAAAACGUCUGCAUCGUGUCCGCAAUUACUUUUGCGUUAUAUUAGAUAUUUUAUUCGAGCCACCCAAAUCCAUAUGCAUAGAUCAGCACAGCAACAACAACUUGUAUUUUUUAUAUAGUAUUUGAAAGGGAGAGCGCGCUUGAGAUGUAUUUGUAUUUGUAAACGAUAUGAGAUAGCAUAUAUGGUAUGAUUCUGUAUUAGAUUUACAUAUAUAUCCGAUAUAUAUAUAUAUAUAUGCUAAGCAUUCCUAGAAUGUCACACACAAAAAAGAUAAAAACACGUCCAAAAACACGUUCAUUCCAAGUGAGGAAAUAAUUUCCUUUCUUUAAUUUCCGCAGCUUCCUUUUCCUCGUCCUCCAUCCACGCACACGCACACUCACACACAACACACAUUUAGUUGAUAAUUUGAAUAAUUUAAAUAUAUAUAUAUAUUUAUUGAUCGCAUAUCCUUGUGUGUGUGCUUUUCAACUGAGAAAUGUAUUUAAAGGUUUCCACCAUGUUUAUUUUAUUUAUUUUACUCACGCACGCGCGCACACACACACAAGCAAUUACUGAGUACUGAUCUAUAAUUUAGUUAAAUUAAUGCAUCAAACGAUUAAAUAACAAUCAGAACAAAACAAACGGAAGCAGAACAAACAGCAGCUAGAUUGAAAGUUGAGAGAGCUAGCAACAUAGCAACAUAAGUGCAAUUAUAAACUAUAAACCUAAAAAUCAAGAUGAAUGUCUAACAUUAUCGUGUAACCGAGACAGAAUAUAUGAGAGUGAGAGACGGGAGAAAGAGAAGGAAAAUCGACUUUUCUAUUUAACAUCUAAACACCACUAAACACCAAACGUUCCACUCAAAAGUUUUGAGUACCUUCCCAACUCGCUGAAUCGAAACUAAAGUAUUCUAUUAAAUAUUCGAAAUUAGCUUAGAUAAAUUUAAAAACAAAUUGUUUUUCGGUGAAAGGCUUGAUGCAUACAUUUCCAAAGACAUACCAAAACUUUGUUGGGCCGCGACCAGGCAAAAAAUUCAUAUCCAAAAAAAAAAGAACAAAAGCUAUAAGUCUCUUUUUUUUUAGUGGCGUUGUAGUACAAUUUUGUAGUUUAAUAAAUUGCAGUGGAAAUCCCCUGAAGUACUAACUUUCCCAUUUUCCGCUCUCUUUCUCCCGAUCGUUUUGCAUAUAGACAGAUACUCCGAAUCCAUCCUCCAACCAAGCCCCAAUUUAAGUAAUAUAGUUAUGGAAACAAGACAACAAACAAACGAUCAAUGUUGAAAACUUCGUAGCCAAUUGUUAGUAAAAAAUGAGAGAAUAACCACAAAAGAACAAAGCGAAAAGAAUUGAAAAUGAAGACAAGCUAAGCCGAGCACUCGGAACUGUAUUUAUUUACAGCCAAUUUUAGGAAUAUAAAUAUAUUAUUUUAUUAUUAUUUUCUUGUUGUUGCGGAUGAAGUUGCAUUUUGUCUGCGAUUUAUUUUUGUAUAGCUUUUAAGGUCGGCAGUUAGAGCGAAAGAGAUAGCUACAGAUUGAGUGAGGCCGAGCGAGCGGGCAAGAUAGUAUUUUUUUUUUACAAUUUAAAAUUGUAACUGCUUUUUGUCAAUCAAUCAAUGAAUGAUUCCCUCCCUCCACCAACCCACAUACACACACAUACAAAACAACACACACACACACGUAUUGUGUAAAGUAUUUUCUGUAUUCAUUACACAUAAAAAUACCCAUAUUUAAAUAUGUACCAUUUAAACACAUGUAAAACUAAAAUUAUGAAAUAAUAUUUUUUUUUCGUUUUUUUUUAUCGUA